AUGGCACUUCGGCGAUAUACAGCAUCAAUCGAUGGUACCAUCCCAGUCCCUGCACUCCUCUAUGACGAUGAAGAACUCCUGGCAUCCCAGGAUGGUGUAGGCAUAUAUGAUGGUCUGCAGAAAGCUCCCGACUUUCAGACAGGUUCUGUUCACGUCUCUACGCAUCGCCUAUUUUUCGUUCAUUCGCAGAACCCUACAUCGCAUUCUUUUACUAUGGGUCUACUUCAUGUGGUACGGACGAAUUACUAUGCUGGUUUGUUCAAAUCUGCACCGAAGGUUUCACUCUUCCUCGACGCCGAUACUGCCUUACCUUUGACCACAACGUCUGGGCAGCGAACAGAAAUAUUCGAGAGCUGGGAAUGCGAAGUCUGUAGCCAUCGCAAUCCUCCAGGUUUGAGUCCAGCUGCAGCUCGAAUAUGUGCUCUAUGUGGCGUUCCGCGCAGCGCAUCUGCGGGGUCAGCAACGUCGGAGGCAUCAUCUCAAAUUCAAUCCUUAUUCUCCUCCCUUCCCGAGUCUUCACACACCUCUUUAUCUUCCUCGAGUUCUCCGGGACCUCCAUCUCCUCCAUCAACGAAUGAUGAUUCUGAUGGAAUUGCGUGUCCUGCAUGUACCUUCCUUAAUCACCCGUCUUUGCGUGUCUGCGAAAUAUGCACAACGCCACUUCCCAAUGUUGAACACGCUGGGAGUAUGAGGGCAAAAUCCGCCCCCUCCACUCGACCAGUAUCGCCCGUAGGUGGCAGCAUCGAUCCUGCAAAUCUCCUCAUCAAAUUAAGCUUCCGCAAAGGCGGUGAUAAACCAUUUUACAACUUGCUCAGGCGUGCACUUAGAUCUCAGGCUUGGGAGGGAAAACGGAUUGGUCAUAGUGCGAGAAGCGGGACUUCUAGCUUCGCCAUUACAAGCCCUAAUUAUGGUCCGACACCCGUUGCCAUGCGUCCUUCUGGAAUAGACGGAAUCAUGCGUAACGUAGAAGCUUCGGCCCAUGUUACACAAACAGAUCUGAACGAUGCCCUGAAAGACUUAGAGGGCUUAAUGAUGAAAGCAAAGGAUCUUGUUCACCUUGCGGGGGAGCUGAACGAGAAACUUACUGCAUCCUCUACAACAACCACGACUUCGUCCCCAUCAACCCCAGGCACCCAAUUGUCAAGUCUAUUUUCGACGACCACGCUUGUUCCCUCGACGGAGCCUGAAGAAGCCAAAUUUAUACGUUCUUCACUUGCGCAGCUAGGUUUACAAAUGUCUAAUGCUCCCGUCACGCUGGAUAUGAUCAGGGACGAAAGAAGGUGGAUAGAAGAGUUGGCGCGGGAAUUGGCGAGGGUAUUGCAAGGGUCGCCGGAUGAUAUUCCCGGUCAGAAAUCGGUCGGGGUUAUGAAAGAGCGGGGGAUUGUUGGACUGGAUGAGGUUUGGGGCGGGUGGAACCGCGCGAGGGGCGUAGCUUUAAUUCCGCCAUCCACCUUUUUGCAAGUACUCCCCCACCUCCCGGCAUAUACGUCACCGCCUAUCCGCAGCAGAGUGUUUAAAUCAGGUUUAUCCGUCCUCCACAUGCCGCCGUACACCCACGCUUCGUUUACAGCCCGCAUAGUGGGCUAUCUUACCAUGUCUGGUAUGAUGACGACAAGUCAAAUUGCCCAUGAGGAGAAUAUCACGAUUGGACUUGCAGAUGAAAUGGUUGCUGCUAUUGAAGCUGACGGUGUGAUCUGCCGGGAUGAUGAAAGAUCGGCGAUCAAAGGGGGCGGAAGUGGGACUGCAUCAGAAGUUAGGUGGUCGAGGAACCUUUUCCUGGAAUAUAUUUGGGAUGGUCAGUUGUGA